AUGCACCAGCUCAAGACAGAAAAAGCCGACCUCGACAAGAAGCUGCUCGCUGCCUCCGGCGGCGGUGACGAUGCAACAGGCGCAGGAGGAGCAGGAGGGGCAACAGCAGCUGAUGCUGUCCCCACAGCAGAAUCCUUCUGGUCUAAUGUGAGAAUCAAAGCCGGGCCGAGAGGGACCGUGCACAGCCAGUCUAAGAACCCCGAGAUUAUCCCCGACCCGUCAGUCAACCCCCAGUUGGCUGCUAUUCUUGAAAAGGUUGCGAUCAACAAGGAGGUUAUCGUCGGCAUCUCAAACAUCAACAUCCGUGCAAUGCUCGAGACGUGGUUCACGCAGAUUCAGCGCGCAGGGAUCAAGAACUACCUGGUGGUGGCCUUGGAUGAUAUGACGAGGCAGCUGUGCGAGUCCCGCGGCGUGCCGGUGUAUCAGCAGGAGGCGAAGAUUGCAGACACGCAGAAAGACGGCGGGGACAACCAUGCGAUUUCCAGCUCGAAAUUCCACCUUCUGCGCGAUUUCCUCGUGCUCGGUUACUCUGUCCUGCUCUCAGACAUUGAUAUCGGCUUCCUGCAGAACCCGUUUGAAGGGAACCACCUGUACCGUGAUUCCGACGUGGAGGGAAUGACGGAUGGAUUCUCGAAUGCCACGGCAUAUGGGUAUGAUGAUGUGCUGGAUGAUCCCGCGUUGGGAUGGGGCCGAUACUCUCACUCCAUGCGCAUCUUUGUGUUCAACUCAGGGUUGUUUUACAUCCGCCCGACCGCGGCUUCCAUUGAGCUGCUGGACCGCGUCGCGAUGCGCCUCGCGACGGAAAAGGCGUGGGACCAGGCUGUGUACAACGAAGAGAUGUGGUUCCCGUCGCGGCCGGGGGUUUCCGGGCUGCAUAUUUCGCGGCGAGCCAUGGAUUAUUUCAAGUUUAUGAACAGCAAGGUGCUGUUUAAGCAGGUUCGGAAGGAGACGGGUAGGUUUGCGGGGUUCAAGCCGGUGAGUGUGCAUGUGAAUUACCACCCCGAGAAGGAAGCAAGGCUGGUGGCGCUGAUUGAUUAUUAUGAGAAUGGGAACAAGGCGGCGCUGGAUCCAGCCGCGAUAGUUGCACAAUUGAGCGACAGCGACCGCUUUCGAACGAGCGUGGUGAGAGUGUGUGACCUAUCGCGCGCACCCGCCUCUCUCGCGUUCUCUUCCUCGUCAAUUCAUCCCUCGAGACGUUCCCUGGUGUCUCCUCCUGUGGUCGGCGGGACCGAGGCAUCGCUAUCGCAGGAAGACAUGGUGGCUGCCGCGAGUCGAUCAGACAUGGCCGACGCGUCUUUUUCCUCUCACGAUCUUCUUCCAGUGAAUGCCUCCAUAGCGGGGACAGCAACAGCGGCUUCCCCGUCAUCACUCGCGCUGGCGCUGGUGCCGUCUGACGUGGACACGAUCCUUGCUGACCCGAUGCUGGAUACGCACGUGCAGGACGACCCGCGGAGCAACGAUGAGGCUGACGAUGAGAUCCCGGAAAAGACGGGGAAGGCCGUGGUGCCGGCGAGGCCGAGUCGAGCCUCUCACGUGCGCAAGAAAGCCGUUGUCUUCAAACGAGGAUACCGGUUGCCCAACCCGCUUCCAAAAGACUUUUCCCUGCCCGACCUGCCCGCAAACAUGGCUGCUGAGCUCGCGUGCGCCGCCAUUCAGCUCCACGACGAGAGCGCCGGGCAGCUGCUGCAGAAAUUGCAGCCCAAAUUAAUGGGCCCUGCCAACGUGGCCGGAUUGCUAAGUGCCGCCGCUUGUGCGGGUGGUGGUGUUGGGGAAGGUGCGAGGGGUGAUGAAGAGGAGGAAGAAAAGGAGGCGGAGGAGAGGGAGGAGGAAGAGGAGGACUUGGGUGGUGGGAUGCGGGCAAGAGAGGAGAAUAAUGAUGGGACGCAAGGGACGUACAGAGGAGAAGGAGAAGCGGCGUUGGCUGUGGUGAAGACGCUCCGUACAUACGAGGCUCUCAGGAGGCACUACGUACGCGUUAAUGAGUUACACCUGGCUGCUAAGGCUAAGCUUGCUGCUCUCAACCGGCGGCGAGCAGGGGGCGGGAAAGGAGGGAAAGGGCGAGGAGGGAAAGGGAAAGGGCGAGGGGUUGAGGUAAGAGGGAAGAAAGUGGGAGGGAAGUGGAGGGUGGGAACAAGAGCAGGUGUUGGUAGCGGGAGGAGGGGCGAAGGGGAAGGGGACGAAGAAGAAGAUCCGGAAGAAGAGAACGUUGAGAGGGUUGCAGAGCUGUUGGAAGAGGUGAUGGCGAAAAAUCUGUACAAUAAGCGACCGGAUCUCUCCGCAGGGAAAACCAUGCGGAGGCAAGGUCUGGUAAUCAACAAUGAAAAGGCACGCGUCAUAGGCCAUGUUCCGGGCGUUCCGGUAGGGUUUCAGUUCUUUAGUAGGCAGGAGAUGGCGGUGGUGGGAGUUAAUCUCCAGGCGCAGGGGGGGAUAGAUUAUUCUCCUUCCGGGGCGAACCAGUGGGGAGUGGAGGUAGCGUCUUGUGUGGUGCUAUCCGGUGGGUAUGAGGAUGAUGAGGAUAACGGGCAGUGGUUUGAUUACACCGGGCAGGGCGGAAAUAAUUACCGCGGGGAUCGGACACAGCUGAAGGACCAGCAGCUGGAGCGGGGGAAUCUUGCACUGGCCAACAGCGAAAAGUUGAAGCUGCCCGUGCGUGUGAUUCGCGGGGUGAAAGAACCAGCGAGCUACACCAAAAUGGUCUACACCUACGACGGCUUAUACCGAGUCGUGCGCAGUGAGCAUAUCCCGGGGGAUUCCGGCCACAUGAUCUUCAAAUUCCGGAUGGAGAGGGAGGAAGGGCAGCCGGCGCUGCAAACCCCAACCGUGGAGUUUGUCAGAGCGUCGCUGAAAAGCGGGACUAAGUCCAAGGACAGGAGGGGGGUGGUGGCGGAGGAUAUUUCUCACGGGAAGGAGAGCCGGCCGGUGUGUGCUGUGAAUACGGUGGAUAAGCAACCUGUGCCUCCUCCUGCGUUUCAGUACAUCAGAAGUAUGAACCACGCCGAGGCUCUGAGGAAACUGGCGAGGCGAGAAGCAGCCCAGGCUGCUGCUGCUGGUGGUGGUGCUGCUGCUGGUGCUGGUGGUGAUGCUGCUGCUGCCGCUGCUGCAGCAGCAGCAGCAAUUGAUCUACAGCCACCGGUGCUUGGCUGUUCCUGCACGGAUGGGUGUGUGGAUGCCACUGCGUGUGAGUGCGCCCAGCUGAACGGAGGCAUGCUGCCUUUCACACGCGAGGGUGGGCUGAUAGAAGCACAGCAAGUUAUCUACGAGUGUGGCCCGCAGUGCGCCUGCUCCUGCACCGGUCGCAGCAACGCUGGUAGUAGCAGCAGCAGCAGCAGCAGUAGCAGCAGCAGUGCGUGUAUCAACAGGGUGAGCCAGAAAGGCGUGCAGGUGCGUUUGGAGGUGUUCAAAACGGAGAACAAGGGGUGGGGGGUGCGGUCGUGGGACGCGAUUCCUGCAGGGCACUUUGUGUGUGAGUACACGGGAGAUCUUAUGAGGGAUGAUGAUGCGGAAACGCUGAGAGGAAACGAUGAGUACUUGUUCGAUUUGGAUCUCGCUCGGGGGAUUCAGGAACGCUGGGGCGAUGUGUCGGGCAUUCUUGGCGAGUUGCCGCAUGAGUCAACCAGGCAGCACGGGAGGCACAAGGGCAGUGAGAGCGGUGAGCGUUCACGUGACACAAGAGCACCAGCAGCAGCAGCAGCAGCAGCCCCACCAGCAGCACCAGCAGCACCACCAGCAGCAGCGGCAUCAGCACCAGCAGCAGCACCACACGAGGAUCUCCAUUUCUGUCUGGACGCCAAGCGUAUGGGCAACGUGGCGCGCUUCAUCAACCACAGCUGCAACCCCAACCUGUUCGUGCAGUGUGUGUUCUACGACCACCACGACCACCGCCUGCCACACAUCAUGCUCUUUGCGUACGAUAACAUCCCGCCGUUGAAGGAACUCACGUAUGAUUACGGGUACCAGGUGGACAGUGUGAUGGACGGCAAUGGGAACGUGAAGAAGCUCCUGUGUUACUGUGGGGCGGCCACUUGCAGGAAAAGGCUGUAUUAA